GAAAUAAAUAGGUGCGAAAUUUGUAUUUCUGAGUUACGACAAGAGACAAGAGAAAGAGUGUAACCAACCUUCGUUCUUUCAUUCCUGCGAUCAGAAGGCAAUGACUGACGGUCAUCUCUUCAACAAUAUCACCCUCGGCGGCCGUGGCGGCACUAAUCCGGGGCAGAUAAAAAUAUAUUCUGGGGGAAUUUUAUGGAAGAGACAGGGGGGUGGUAAAUCAAUUGAAGUUGACAAAUCAGACAUAGUGAGCGUGACAUGGAUGAAGGUUCCAAAGAGUAAUCAACUUGGUGUUCAGAUCAAAGAUGGGUUGUUCUACAAAUUCACUGGAUUUCGUGAUCAGGAUGUUGUAAGUUUGACCAGUUUUUUCCAAAACACCUUUGGAAUAACUGUAAAGGAGAAGCAACUUUCUGUUAGUGGGCGCAAUUGGGGAGAAGUUGAUUUAAAUGGAAAUAUGCUGGCUUUCAUGGUUGGCUCAAAGCAAGCUUUCGAAGUGCCUUUAGCAGACGUCUCACAAACUAACCUUCAAGGGAAAAAUGAUGUGAUCUUGGAGUUCCAUGUGGAUGAUACAACCGGAGCCAAUGAGAAAGAUUCGUUGAUGGAGAUAAGUUUCCAUAUACCGAAUUCCAACACCCAGUUUGUUGGUGAUGAAAAUUGCCCCCCUGCUCAGGUUUUCCGUGAUAAAAUAAUAUCUGUGGCCGACGUUGGUGCUGGAGGUGAAGAUGCUGUUGUUACCUUUGAUGGUAUUGCAAUCCUUACACCAAGGGGAAGAUAUAGUGUCGAGUUACACCUGUCAUUCUUGCGGCUUCAAGGACAGGCUAAUGAUUUCAAAAUCCAGUAUAGCAGUGUAGUUCGACUAUUUUUACUUCCUAAGUCUAAUCAGCCACAUACCUUCGUCGUUAUUAGUCUCGACCCCCCUAUUCGAAAAGGACAAACUUUGUACCCUCAUAUUGUGAUGCAGUUCGAAACUGAUUAUGUGGUUGAAAGUGAAUUGGCAUUAAGUGAAGAUCUGUAUAACUCUAAGUUCAAAGACAGAUUGGAGUUGUCGUAUAAGGGGCUUAUCCAUGAAGUGUUCACCACAGUAUUACGUGGCUUGUCUGGGGCCAAAGUUACUAAGCCUGGAAAAUUUAGGAGUUGUCAAGAUGGUUAUGCAGUGAAAUCAUCUCUGAAAGCUGAAGAUGGAAUUUUGUAUCCCCUUGAGAAGAGCUUCUUCUUUCUACCUAAACCUCCCACUCUUAUUACUCAUGAAGAGAUUGACUAUGUGGAGUUUGAGCGACAUGCUGCUGGUGGGUCAAAUAUGCAUUAUUUUGACCUUCUUAUCAGACUAAAAUCUGACCAAGAGCACCUCUUUCGUAAUAUUCAGAGAAACGAGUACCACAAUUUGUAUGGUUUUAUCAGUUCAAAGGGCUUGAAAAUUAUGAAUUUAGGAGAUGCCCAACCAACUACUGGUGUGGCUAAGGUUCUUGAGGGUGAUGAUGAUGAUGCUGUUGAUCCACAUCUUGAGCGCAUCAGAAAUGAAGCUGGUGAAGAUGAAAGUGACGAGGAGGAUGAAGACUUUGUUGCCGAAAAGGACGAUGAAGGGUCUCCUACUGAUGAUUCUGGGGCAGAUGAUUCUGAUGCUAGCCAAAGUGGUGAUGAGAAAGAGAUACCUGCCAAAAAGGAACCAAAGAAGGAUCUGUCUUCUAAGGCAUCUGCUUCUACUUCUACUUCUACUUCUAAGAAGAAAUCAAAAGAUGCAGAUGAAGAUGGCAAAAAGAAAAAACAGAAGAAGAAAAAGGAUCCAAAUGCACCCAAGAGGGGAAUGUCUGGAUUCAUGUUCUUUUCUCAAAUGGAAAGAGAGAAUAUAAAGAAAGCUAAUCCUGGGAUUUCAUUUACGGAUGUGGCAAAGUUACUUGGAGAAAACUGGAAAAAAAUGUCAGCUGAGGAGAAGGAGCCAUACGAGGCAAAAGCUCGUGUUGAUAAAAAACGUUAUGAGGAUGAGAAGAUUGUCUACAAUGCUCAACCACAACCGAUGAAUAUUGAUUCAGGAAAUGAAUCUGACAGUGCCUAAGGCUGCUUUGACAUUGAAAUUAAUCCAGUUAGCUUCUGUUCGUUUUAUGGUUGCUAUCAUGAAAGGCAAAUAACAUAUAUGUCAUUCUGUGAUAUAUUAUUUCUAUUCUCUUAUGAUAAAUUGGCGGAAAUUUUUGCUCCUAGGGAUGACCUAAUAACUUGUUAAAUUCACUGGAAUGUUCUCUGGGGUUGGUUAUAGAAGGAUGAGGUUUAUGUUAACAUACUGAUUACAUAACUUGUUUCCCACAAUUUUGCACCAAUUAAAUAAAUUCUGAUUUCUUUUGUUCA